AUGACUUCUGCCGCCGAGAUUAAAAAGCCACCAGUGGCCCCCAAGCCGAAGUUUGUGGUGGCAAAUAAUAAGCCAGCCCCACCUCCUGUUGCACCUAAACCUGAUAUUGUGGUUUCUAGUGUUCCACAGUCAACAAAGAAGAUCAAACCAGCAAUAGCUCCAAAACCAAAAGUUCUGAAGGACUCACCUGUUCGAGACAUCAGACAGUCACCAUCAAGAAAAAUCCUCACGAACCUGAAAGAACAUAAACAGGAAUUACCUGAAAGAGCUGACAACUCUAACUGCAAAAAUGUAGGGCAUCAGAGUAGUGACUAUAUUUUACCAAUGUGUUCUUGCAGCUCUGAGUGUAUCCAUAAACUUGGGAAUAGAGAGAAUAUGUAUGUAAAGCAGCUUAUCUUAGAGCCCCUGGAAAUGCAUGAAAAUUCAGAAAACAGUAAACUUGAUGAAUUCUCUUCAGCUAUAAAAAAUAGGAGUAAAUGUCACUAUAAUGGUGAAAAGGUCAGGAGCCAGAGUGGAGUAAUUUCAAAGGCAAGUGUCCUAGAGGAGAAACUUAAAGAUGUUUUAACACAAAAAUCAUCACCGUUUAUUUUCCCACAGAAGCACAGAUCGACACACAACCCAGAAAUGAAUGAUGACUGUAAUUCCAAGAGACAAUUCAGAAAUGAAAUUGCAGAUUUGUCACCUUCCCAGUCUAGCUUUGCAAGUGCUCCUGAUCAACGACACUGCCACCUACAAGUUCCUAGUGAUGAAUUUCAAAAUUUGGAAACUUGUCAGAACAGCAGUGAAAAAAGCAAUUUUAACUUUCACUCAUCCGAACAAGUUCUGGAAAAUGGCAAUAAGAGUACUUCUCUUUCUUUAGAUGGAGUUAGUAAGAAGUCAGAUGUCAAAGAACUUGGUCCCUUAGAAAUUCACUUGGUACCAUGUACCCCCAAAUUUCCAACUCCCAAGCCUAGAAAAACACGUGCUGCUCGCCUAUUACGCCAAAAGUUUAUAGAUACUCCUAGUGAAAGUACUGAAGAAUCAGAGAACUUAAAUAAUAGCUCUUCAUAUCUUUUCAAAGAGACUUUGGAAAACAAUAAAAUCAAGAUUUGUCAUCAGAAUGUUUUAUGUGACCAGGAACAGGCAGAAAAAAUGAAACCAGAAAAUAAAAGUGAAUUAAAUGUGAACCCCAGCAGUGACAGUCAGCACCUAGUCAAUUCACAGAAAGCCCUGUGUAAUGAACCAUCUUCCUUUGGAAAAAUGGCACCUCCUUUAAACAUAGACUCUAAUUUUAGUUCUGACAGCAAGGCAGUGGACGAUUCUAGUAUGUCACUUGCUGUGGAUAAAGGCACUAAUUUUACAAGAAGCAGUACUUUGUCUAUGAGCCUCCCCAAGCAGCUCAAAUUAGGUUGCAGUGAACAUUUACCUACUGCUUGUAAUCUGGGAAUAUUUACCCCUCAAAUGCAAAAGGAAUCUAUAAUAAAGGAUGAAAGUGUCCCAAAAAUUGUCCCCCCAAAACCUCAAAGACAUAUCUUGCCUCCUGCAGGGGUGCUUAAAAAGGCCGCCUCUGAAGAGCUUGUGGAGAAAAGUUCUUAUCCAUUAAAUGAAGAAAAAAAUUCAGAAAGGAGUCUAGAAAGAAAUCACCUUCAGCAUUUGUAUGCCCAAAGUCACAAUAUGUCAUGUUCGUCUGAUAUGCCUAAACGGGCUUUAGAAAAGCCAGUGUGGAAAUUACCUCAUCCUAUUUUACCUUUUCCAGGGACCCCAGAAUCCCUAAAGUCUAUCACAGUAUCCUCAAAUAGUGAGCCUUCUUCUACCCUGACCAAGCCGAGAGCAAAAUCAUUGUCUGCUAUGGAUGUGGAAAGGUGCACCAAGACUUGCAAAGACUCUCAAAAGAAAAACUCUUUUAAGAAGUUGCUCAACAUGAAACUGUCCAUCUGUUCCAUGAAGAGUGACCUCCAGAAAUUUUGGUCCAAGAAUAGCCAACUUGGGGACACAACCUCAGGCAGUCUCUUGAGUGGAGAGCAAAAAGGGACUGAAAGUGAUUGGCAUGGCUUGUUAGUAGGAGAUGAAAAGAGAAGCAAACCCACCAAGGCAUAUUCUGCAGAUAAUUACAGCCUGGAAUCUCAGAAGAAGAAAAAGAGGAAAUCUCGGGGCCAGACCAGCACAGGUAAUGGAGCAAGAGCUGAGUCUUUGGAUGACCAAAUGCUUUCCAGAGAGUCAUCAUCUCAAGUGCCUUACAAAUCUGCUCUAAGUAGCUGUGCUCCUGAAUAUGAAAACGUUCGUCAUUAUGAAGAAAUACCGGAGUAUGAAAACUUACCUUUUAUUAUGGCUGUAGAGAAAACUCCAGAGUUGGAAUGGCAGAAUUCCAGCAGCAUUGAGGACACUGAAGCAAAUGUGUAUGAGAUAGAAGAGCCUUAUGAAGCUUCAGGUGGCCAGCUGCGACUUGGACCCAGACAUCAGCAUUCCAGCACCUCUGGAGCAUGCCAGGAGGACCACAAUGAUCUGGAUCUUGGUCUUGCUGACCUUCCUUCAGAUGAAGAAGAAGGAAUUGACAGUUCUGAUGAAGAUGAUGUCAGCUCUGGUUCUAGUAAGGGGGAGCCUGACCUGCUGGGAGAUAAACAGGGUGAAGAUAUUGGAAUGAAAAGUAAAGUUCAUCAUAUUGCCAAGGAGAUCAUGAGCUCAGAGAAAGUGUUUGUGGAUGUGUUGAAACUUUUGCAUAUCGAUUUCCGGGAUGCAGUAGCUCAUGCUUCCAGGCAAUUUGGGAAACCAGUGAUUGAAGACCGGAUCCUGAAUCAGAUUCUAUACUACUUGCCUCAGCUAUAUGAGCUCAAUAGGGAUCUCCUGAAGGAACUGGAGGAAAGAAUGUUGAACUGGACUGAACAGCAAAGAAUUGCUGAUAUCUUUGUAAAGAAGGGGCCAUACCUAAAGAUGUAUUCCACAUACAUCAAAGAAUUUGAUAAGAAUAUUGCUUUGCUGGAUGAACAAUGCAAAAAAAACCCAGGCUUUGCUGCUGUAGUCAAAGAAUUUGAGAUGAGCCCACGCUGCGCUAAUCUGGCCCUCAAGCACUACCUGCUCAAGCCGGUUCAGAGGAUACCCCAGUACAGGCUGUUGCUAACAGAUUAUUUGAAAAAUCUCUUAGAAGAUUCUGGAGAUUAUAGACACACUAAAGAUGCUCUUGCAGUUGUUAUAGAGGUGGCUAAUCACGCUAAUGACACCAUGAAGCAAGGAGACAACUUUCAGAAACUUAUGCAAAUCCAGUAUAGCUUAAAUGGACACCAUGAAAUAGUACAGCCUGGAAGGGUUUUUCUCAAAGAAGGAACUCUGAUGAAGCUUUCUCGGAAAGUCAUGCAACCCCGAAUGUUUUUCCUGUUUAAUGAUGCCCUAUUAUAUACAACACCUGUGCAGUCUGGGAUGUAUAAACUGAACAACAUGCUCUCAUUGGCUGGAAUGAAGGUUAGAAAACCCACUCAAGAAGCAUAUCAGAAUGAACUAAAGAUUGAAAGUGUAGAACGAUCCUUCAUCCUCUCUGCCAGUUCUGCCACAGAGAGGGAUGAAUGGCUGGAAGCUAUCUCUAGAUCAAUAGAAGAGUAUGCCAAGAAAAGAAUCACAUUCUGUCCUACUAGGAGUCUUGAGGAGGCAGACACAGAAAAUAAAGAAGACGCUAGUCCUCUUGGAUCAAAGGCUCCCAUCUGGAUUCCUGAUACCAGAGCCACGAUGUGUAUGAUCUGCACAAGUGAAUUUACUCUGACCUGGAGGCGACACCACUGCCGGGCCUGUGGAAAGAUUGUAUGUCAAGCUUGUUCGUCAAAUAAGUAUGGCUUAGAUUACCUGAAAAAUCAACCAGCAAGAGUGUGUGAACUCUGUUACCAAGAACUGCAGAAAUUAGAUCACCAGCACUCCCCUAAGAUUGGCUCUCCCGGAAAUCACAAAUCUCCGUCAAGUGCCUUAUCAUCAGUCUUGCAUAGUAUUCCAUCAGGGAGGAAACAGAAAAAAAUUCCAGCAGCUCUCAAAGAAGUAUCAGCAAACACAGAAGAUUCUUCUAUGAGUGGCUACUUGUAUAGAUCAAAGGGCAAUAAAAAACCUUGGAAACACUUCUGGUUUGUCAUAAAAAAUAAAGUGCUAUAUACAUAUGCUGCGAGUGAGGAUGUGGCAGCUUUGGAGAGUCAACCUUUAUUAGGAUUCACUGUCACUCAAGUCAAAGAUGAGAAUUCAGAGUCUAGAGUAUUUCAGUUAUUGCACAAAAGCAUUUUAUUUUAUGUAUUCAAAGCAGAUGAUGCUCACUCAGCUCAGAAGUGGAUAGAAGCAUUUCAGGAAGGCACGAUACUGUAGCAGUAUUGGUUUCAUCUCUUCUGUGAACCUGGAAGGGCAGAAUUUCAUCAAAGUGUAGAAAAUAAAAUACAAAUACUUUACUUUAAAAAAUGGACACUGCCAAGAUAAAUCUAACUCAAAUCUUCAUUGAUUAUAGGAAACUAUUUUGUUAAAUAUAAGGUAAUUUUUUAAUGUUAUUUUUUUUUCAUGUAUGUUAUUUAUUAAAAUUUUGAUGUUUACUUAAUGGUCAGAAUUAUUUCUGAGACUCACACUGAAUUCUAAAGUACUUUUCUUUAGAGACCACAAAAUUUAUUACUCUAUACUGUUUGUAGACUGUGACACAGUUUACACUAUUUUCUCAAUGUGUUUUACAAUGUUACAUUGUAUAAUUUUCACUAGUGCCAAGUCUUUAUAAAUAAAAACACACAUAACAUCAAGGAACAAUUUCCUUGCAGUGUUUGGUUUAGAAAUUGUUCAAGAUACAAUUGGUGAUGAAAAAACUGUCUUUGAAUCAAACUUAAAUGAAUUUUUGUAUAUUU